AUGUCGAAAAUCAACAAUCUUGAGUAUGCUGCCCUCAAUCUCUCCGGAGACAAUUACCUUCAAUGGGCACUUGACACCAAGAUCAUUUUGAAAUCCAAAAACCUUGGUGCUUGUAUCACUGAUGGCAGUGAGUCAUCUGAAAAGGAUAGAUACAGUGCGAUCUUAAUCAUAUGCCAUCACCUUGCUGAAAGUCUCAAAGACCAAUACCUCACUGUUGAGAAUCCUCUGGAACUUUGGACAGAACUGAAAUCCAGAUAUGAUCACCAGAGGACGGUGCUCUUACCAAAGGCCCUAUAUGAUUGGAGGAACCUAAGGAUCCAAGACUUUAAGUCUGUGGAUGAGUAUAACUCGGCUCUAUUCAAGAUAGUCUCAAAGUUGAACCUGUGUGGAGAGACUAUCACUGAUGCUGACAUGUUAGAGAAGACACUCUCUACAUUCCACACAAGCAAUGUUUUGCUUCAGCAACAAUACCGAGAAAAGGGUUUCUCCACCUAUGCAAAUUUGAUCUCUUGUUUGUUGCUGGCUGAGCAAAACAAUGAGUUACUCAUGAGGAAUAGUGAGAUGAGGCCUCCUGGUGCUAAGGCAUUACCCGAGGCACAUGCGGCCAUAGAGCCAAAAGAUGAGUCUCCAAAGAAAGAGUCAAACCAUGGCCGUAUGAGAGGCCGUGGAAGAUUGCAAGGUCGUAACCGUGGGUUUCAACCACGUGACCGUUGGUUUCAACCACGUGACCGUGGGUUUCAACCAUGUGAACACCUUGGUCGUAGCCAAGGCCGAGGAUAUGGCUGA